UAGCGAUGAGGCUGAAAAAAUGGGCGUUGCUGCUUUUCCUCCUUUUGCUGCCUGUGGCACAAUCCACCAGAAAACCAGCCCGGAAACGUACCCACGACGAAUUAGACAAGCAAACUGUUGAACCCACUGUCAAAGUUCCAGGUUGCAAAUGGGAGCAGAUGAGAAGUUAUUCUGACCUUGACAUUCCGGUGUGCAUAAAAAUUCGCGAUAAGAGCAUCGUGCAACCAGUGGAAAUCAAAAGCUAUGCGGCUAACGUGAAGCACUAUUCGUUCUUCGUGCCCGUAAACACGAAACUGGUUUGCGCUUGUCCAGGAAGUUCGUUCUCGGAAGACCAGCGACCGACGGGACGAGACAUCAAAUUUCAAUUAGGAACCAACUCAUUUGAGGCGGAAUGCAUUGACGACCAAAAUAUGCGUGUUCAUGAUCGGAAUGAAGAUGAUCUUGGGGCGUACAAAUGCGAGAGAAUCAUCGAGUUCGGGCCCCGAAAAAUAGAAGAUCCUAGAGCAGACUCGUUCUGUCCGAAACCGUACGUUUGGAAAGGCAUAGGAUUCGACGUGAAUUUAGGAGGCAUCGAAAGAUUCAAUUUACUGGAAAUCUGCUACGACGAGCAAAAGAAGCGGACCAUCUACGUGAAGCACAAGUGGAUCAGCGGCGUAUCGCCCGGACUGCGACCUCCGUCUAAACAUUGGCAAGGGGCCAAGAAGAACGAGGAGAAAAAAUACAGCAAUCAGUGGCACAGGGGACACCUGGCGCCCGACGCCGACUUCCCCAUCUACGAACUGAAAUUUUUGACCUACUUUUACGAAAACGCGGCGCCGCAGUAUGGGCCCUUCAACUCGGUCCAAUGGUUGCAAGUGGAGAAACAAGUCCGCAAUCAAUUCAAAGAAGCAACAAUAUUCACCGGCACCAGCGACUUGGACUUAAAUCAGGAUAAAAUUUCCCAGGGAAUGGCUAAAUUAAAUUUAGCAACUACCGAUGUGAACGAGUGGAGACCAGAUUUCUUUUGGAAAAUCGCCUUCGGAACAGAUAAGGAGAGCGAGAGUAUUAAGAUGAAGGGCUACAUCUACUCGAACAAAAUCGAGCCAAAAAGCGACUCAUUCCUGAAAAACAAGAUUGACGAACGAUUUUUGUGCGCUUAUAAAGCGAGCGUCACAGCGGGAUAUUGUUUUGACGGCGCUGAUGUUGAACAAAUUACCGACCUGCUGCCCGAAGCGAAAUUUCUUUGGAAACAUGUUGAUUUUACAGAUACGAUGAAUGGACUUUUGAUGCGACGAGAUUCUCAUCCUUCGUGUAGCAAGAAAACUUGCUUGCGUCCUGGUUCCAAAUAAAUUAAGCUUAUUUAUUAAUUUCCCAUGUCAAUGAGUGUUUUAAGCUUUAAUAAUAAAAAUGGCGUUUACAAUUAAUUUCAAAAUGAGCUGUAAAUUUUAAUCUAAAUAA